UUGCUCCCUGCAGGAUAGGGUGAAAAGAGUCAGGCACAAAGCCGACCAGGUACUCAGGCAACUAUCAGUGGCUGCAGGCCAGGAAAGCGCUGUCCCUGCUUGGGCUGCGUCAGCACAUCCCAAAAAGGAAAGGAGCCUGGCAAAUAAGCGACAGGAGCCAGGGAACACUCUGCAUCUCAGCUGCUUCCUGGGGGGUCCAGACCCUGCUACACCCCCUCCUGCAUCAGCCAACCCUUCGUGAGACUUGCUGGAGUGACCCAGUUAUCCGUGAACCACUGGCCAGAGUGGGAGGUGUUGUGAGCUCCACCGGUCUGUCCUCCCCAGCGCUGCAGUUUGUGUCCUCCUGGGGUGGCCCUGGGCUGGUGGCCAGUGGAAGCGGGGUGCUCUGCACCCACAGAUAUACACUGCCCUGCAGAAAGGAGACGCCAAGGGGAGAGGGGCAGCAGCCAGCAGCAGCAAGACCUGAGAAGAGGAAGCCUCCCCAGCGACAGGCACGGUCCAUGUGGAGUCCUCGGGCGCGCCGAAACCUCGCAGUGAACCAGCCAAGCUCAGGCCGCACAAGAGCCUCCCCAGUUCUGAAAACCGGGAGGAGGGAGCCCUCGGAGAGCGCCCCACGAAACGGUCACCGUCGCUCUCAGGCUGCUGCCGGGCGCAGGCACAGCCGGGCAGGCGCUUGCCCUCCCUGGAGCGGAGCAGGCGCCAGGCUCCGAGCCCGCUCCCGGCAGCAGCUCCCCGGCCGGCCCGCACCCCCUGCGCAAGGAAAACCCGCCGGGCCGUGCCGGGGCUGCGGCGUCACGUCUCCAUGGCAACCCCGGAAGCGGCCGCCAUUGGCCGGCGAGGCCGGAAGCGGAAGUGGGCGGUGGGGCGUCGGGAUGCUGGCGGCGGCGGCGCUGCUGGUGCUGCUGGCGGCGGGGCCCGGGCGGGCGGACACGGGCCGGGACGCGCUGCGGGAGGAGCUGCUGCUGAGCCCGCUGCCCUCCGGAGACGUGGCCGCCACCUUCCAGUUCCGGACGCGAUGGGACGCCGACCUGCAGCGGGGCGCCGUCUCUCACUACAGGCUCUUCCCGAAGGCGCUGGGGCGGCUGGUGGCAGCACUGGGCGUGCGGGAGCUGCACCUCGCCCUCACCCAGGGCUUCUGGCGCACCCGGACCUGGGGGCAGCCGCCCCUGCAAGCACCCGCUGGCGCUGAGCUCUGGGUCUGGUUCCAGCCCACCGUCACCGAUGUUGACAAAGCCUGGAAAGAACUGAGUAACAUCCUCUCGGGAAUCUUCUGUGCUUCUCUGAACUUCAUUGACUCGACCAACACGGUCACUCCAACGGCGUCCUUCAGACCCCUGGGCUUAGCCAACGGGACAGAUCACCAUCUCCUGCGAUAUGCCGUCCUGCCCCGCGAGGUCGUCUGCACAGAGAACCUUACUCCUUGGAAGAAGCUGCUCCCGUGUGGCUCAAAGGCUGGGCUCGCUGUGCUGCUGAAGGCUGAGCGCUUGUUCCACAGCAGCUACCACUCGCAGGCCGUGCACAUCCGCCCUGUCUGCAGGGAUGCCUCCUGCCUGGCUGUGUCCUGGGAGCUCAGACAGACCCUCACUGUGGUCUUUGACACGUUUUCCAGCGGCCAAGGAAAGAAAGACUGGUCCCUCUUUAAGAUGUUCUCUCGCACACUUACUGAUGCGUGUCCUCUGGCAUCAGAGAGCAAAGUCUACGUUGACAUCUCCCCUAAGAACAAGGAAAAGGAGUUACUGGAAGUGACCCCCACUCCAACAUCUGUACUUGAAGCUGUUGUCCAGGGAGACAAGAGAACCUACGCUGUCUAUGACCUGCUGAGCCCCUCACUCUUUAAUACAUCCCGCAGCCUCAAUGUGCAGCUGAAGUGGAAGCGGCCCCAAGAGAGCUCGGAACUGCCCACCCCCAUACUCCACGCUCACCGCUACGUGAGUGGAUACGGGCUGCAGACCGGGGAGAUCAGCACUCUCGUCUACAACACCCACCCCUACCGGGCUUUCCCCGUCGUCCUGCUGGAGACUGUACCCUGGUAUCUGCGGCUCUACGUGCACACUCUGACUAUCAUCACCAAGGGGAAGGAAAACAAGCCAAGUUACAUCCACUACCAGCCAGCCCAGGACCGGAGACGGCCUCACCUCUUGGAAAUGCUGAUCCAGCUGCCAGCCAACUCUGUCACCAAGAUCACAAUCCAGUUUGAGAGGGCCUUACUGAAGUGGACAGAGUACCCACCUGACCCCAAUCACGGCUUUUACGUCAGUUCAUCUGUGCUCAGUGCCCUGGUGCCCAGCGUCAUUGCUAUGAAGGAUGUGAAUGUGGAGCAGAGCCCUCUCUUCACCUCGCUAUUUCCUUCCUCUGACGGCUCCAGCUAUUUUGUGCGCCUGUACACAGAGCCGCUGCUGGUCAACUUGCCGACACCAGACUUCAGCAUGCCCUAUAAUGUCAUCUGCCUGACCUGCACCGUGGUGGCCGUCUGCUACGGCUCCUUCUACAACCUGCUGACCAGAACGUUCCACGUGGAAGAGCCGAGCCGGGGUGGGCUGGCCAAGCGGCUGGCCAACGUCAUCCGCAAACUCCGGGGGGUGCCCCCACUCUGAGAGAAACUAGGGCAGCCAGAGAGCAGAGUGCUGCUGCCUCUUGUCUUUGCUGGAAGCAGCUUGCUGUGUUUUGCUGCCUGGAUCUCUCUUCAGGAUCCAAAAAGCUGAGAUGUUGCUUCUAUCGUUAAGAUGGGAAACGGCUCUAAGUCCAUUGACUACUGAACUGCACUGCUGUGGGGUUGGGAAAGGUGUAAGACUUCUGUUUGUGAGAGGGGUAACUUAUGUGCUGGGAACGAUGCUGGAAGUAAACAAGCUGUUUUGUA